GACUUCAACUCUUUGUCUUCAUCAUUGCCCCAGUAUACCCGCGGUAGUGAAAAUGUCACGGUUAGUAAUAUUAUUAGGCCUCGGCCUUCUGGUUGCACUUGUGCAAUCUGAACGUGUGCGUUACGACAACUAUAAGAUCUACAAAGUUACUCCUCGCUCCGCCGCCCAACUUGAUAUCCUUACACGUUUGGAAGGAAUCAGUGACAGUUUGAAAUACUUCAACUCAGCAUCUGUCAUUGAUCAUCCCGUGAGCAUUCUCGUCGCCCCCCACAAGGAGCCCGAAUUCCUCGAUAUUCUCAAGGAUAAUGCUUUCGAACACAUUCUCGUCGAAAACAAUUUCCAACGUGUUCUUGACGCUGAACAAAGUGAAUUGAAAAGGAGCCGUGCUGGAAUCUACGACUGGUCUAGUUAUCACACCUUGGAUGAAACAUACGACUGGCUUCGUUCGCUUCCUGACAAGUACCCAGACAACGUUGAAUUGAUUGUCGCCGGAAAAAGUUACGAAGGUCGUGAUCUGCUUGGAGUGAAACUUUCCUUCAAAUCCGGCAACAAGGCCGUUUUUAUUGAAGGUGGUAUCCACGCCCGUGAAUGGAUCUCUGCUGCUACCGUUACAUACAUUAUCAACCAAUUCUUGACCAGCUCAAACUCACAAAUCCGUGCUUUGGCAGAAAGCUUUGAUUGGUACAUCGUUCCACAUGUUAAUCCUGAUGGAUAUGUUUACACCCAUCAAAGCGACCGUGUUUGGAGAAAGACUCGCUCAAAGGGUCUCCUUUGCAAGGGAGCCGACGCUAACCGCAACUUCGGCUUCCACUGGAAGGAAGUUGGAGCUAGCUCAAUUGAGUGUUCCGAAACCUAUGCUGGAAAAUCGGCUUUCUCUGAAGUCGAAACCCAGUCACUUUCCCAAUUUAUCAGCACUUUGCAAGGUCAAAUCUACGCUUACAUCUCGUUCCACUCCUUCUCCCAACUGAUGCUGUUCCCAUAUGGACAUACUAAGGAGCACGCCCCCAACCACAAUGACUUGCAACAAAUCGGAGAGGUUGCUGCUGCCGCUCUAGCUGUACGUUAUGGAACUAAAUACACUGUUGGAAAUGUAUACGACGCAAUUUACCCAGCUUCCGGCUCUAGUGUUGACUGGGCUUACGGAAACCAAGGUGUCAAAUUGGCUUACACCUAUGAAUUGAGACCAACUUCCAAUGCCAACAAUGGAUUCGUUUUGCCAGCGAACCAAAUUAUUCCAACUGGUGAAGAAACUUUGGAUUCUCUCGUAGCCCUCUUCCAGGAGGCCAAGAAAUUGGGAUAUUAAAAACGAAUGGGGAUAGUCUCUUAAUAAAUAAAAUUAAAUACAAAA